AUGCGUGCGUGGCCCCUGCCGUCACUCAAGAUCGGCGCCCCGCCGCGGCUGGCCGCGCCGGCGCUCUCCGCAGACGGGCGGCAGCUGCGCGUGACCGUCCCCGUCCGGCCCGGCGCAGACGCGGGCGCGGUCGUGCGGGAGGUGUCGGCCGCGCUGCAGCAGCUGGCGCGGGGCAGCACGGCCUGCUCGCAGCGGCAAAAGGUGCACUCCACCGCUGACGUUAUCGUCCAUCGCUGGGAUGUGACCCAUACCCCCGCCGGCGGCAGCGCACGCCACAGCUUGUCCAUCGAGGCGUCCAUCCCACAGCGCCCCCACCCCUCGGCCUCCAGCGGCGGCCGCGGCCCCGGCGGCUGCGGCGGCGGCGCGGAGGAGGGGCGCGUGGUGGUGUCGAAGGAGGGGCCGCUGCUGCCCUGCGAGAGGGCGGUGGUGACGCGCGUCAUGAGGGCGGCCAACCUCACGUUUGGCAGCGAGGUUAGCGGCGUCCCCGCCUCUGGCCCCUUCACGGGCGAUCUGGACCCGCUGGCCGCGCUGGUGGAGCAGGCUGAGGUGGCGAUGGCCCGCCAGCUGACUCAGCUGCCGGGCUGGAAUGAUCUGGCCGACUUCUUCGAGUUUGUAGAGGACCGGGCGGCCGAGCUGCGGGGCCUCGCUGACGAGGACUCUCGUGUCGGCGGCGCAACCGCCGCUGACGAGGACGACGAUGAUGAGGGCAUCCCUGCUGAGUGGGCGGAGCGCAUGCGGUCGGCGGCUUGGCGGCGCCGGGCGGCGGCCGCGCAGCAGCAGCAGCAGCAGCAGCAGCAACAGCAGCAGCAGCAGCAGCAGCGGGACGCGGAGGGGCGGUCGGAGCCGGAGGCGCCGCCGCCGCGGCCGUGGGAGACGGCGGAGGGGCAGCGGGCGGUGCAGGCGCUGCAGGGGAUGGGGGCGCGCGUCUACCUGCCGGGAGGCAACGAUGACGUCGACUGGGGGGUGCUGGCAGGGUGA